AUGGGAAUCAAGCCCAUCAUCUCACGCACCAAGGAUGGGAAGAAAAUCAGGGGAGAUAGAAUCCAUGCAGGGAACCUCAUGCCUCUCAUUGACCAGCUACUCUCCUACAAGACAACCGCCUAUAGCACUCGUUUCAAACGGGAAGGAAGCUUAGUGUUGGAGGAGUCAUCACGCCUAUCCUCUGUGCAGCUGGAGUCCAUUUGGACAAGAGAAGGUCUACUCCAGCAGGAUGGAUGGAUCUUAAGUUUUGCAAGACCAACCUCUUCAUUGAACACAAGGAGUUGGAUGGGAGGUUCCAAUUCAAAUUCACUCAUCCUUUGGCUGGCCCCUCCAAGCUUCUUCUGCCCAACCCUGAGCUCACCCACGGUUCUAGGAGGUACCAACAUUGACUUCAGCCCCCCACUUUACACAUUAGUUGGGCAUGAAGAGGAUUUGCGAGAAGAGGAGCCUGAACUCGAUCGAGCUGAGGAUCGAGUUGAGGAACGCCAUGUGAAUGCGGAUUUGGGUGAGCCUGAGUGCUACUACUUUGAGGAGUAUGAGGCUCCUAGGAUGAACCCCUCUGUUGUGGCUGCCCACAAGAGGAUUGGACUUCUCCAAAGGUUCAACAAGUGGCAAGGGAAAGCCAUGGAAAAGAUGCAAAAGUCCAUGGACAAGAUGGUGAGCAAGAUCAAGAGCUUGGAGAAGAAAGUUUCUGGUUCUUCAAGCAAGAAGAAGAAGUCCAAGGCUCCCACUUUCCCUAGGAGGAGAAGGAGAAGACAACACGCAGAGAAGGAGGAAGAGUUCCAAGGCCAGACGCUCGACUCGACCACCGGACUCGAUCGAGUCCAAACAGAGGAAACUCAACUCGAUCGAGCUGAGGGUCGAGUUGACCUGGAGGAGCCCCUGUUUGAGAACCCUGGGAUUCGAGUACGAUUCAACCCAGUACCAGGACUUCUCUCAGACUCUCUGGACUCCCUACAACCGCUUCGAGCAAGCGCAGCUCCUCCAAGGCCAAGGAAGCCACACACACUUUCAACGAUGAAGAAGAGGAGGAAGAGGAGCCACAAGCUCGAUCGAGUGAGGCAGCUCCAUGGCCGUCUACCAUCUCCAGACCACGACCUGCCUCCCAGUUCUUUGGGGGGCACUGAG